UCUUAAAUAACUGUAACGUAUCAUAAAUGGCCAGUGAUGUCGCGUUAUCGUUAGUGUUCGUCGGGUCGGCCGCUCCAAAGGAGAGUUCGUAACUUCUUACAGCCAUCGCCCGCAAAUACAUAACAAUGUUUUUAUAUAAUACUCAUGUAUUCCUCAUAAUAACUUUGUCCUCAAUUACAAUAAGGGCUCAGGAACCCGAGAUAUUUUCUAAUUUAUUAGAUGGCGGACUAGCACCGAUACAAAGUUUUGAAGCAGACUGGUAUGAACUGGAAAAUAAGGAACCACUUGAAGAAAAAGAAAAGGUUGAAAUCAAAUUGUACUAUGAAUGUUUAUGUCCUGAUUGCAGAGUUUUUGAUACAACGAGUUUAAAACCAACAGUGGCUAAACUAGCACCCUAUUUAAACCUGCACCUAUAUCCUUAUGGAAAUGCAGAGACUAUAGAAAUCAGUGACGGUGUUUACCAAUUCAAAUGUCAGCAUGGUCCUAAUGAGUGUUACGGUAAUAAGUUACACGCGUGUGCUAUCGACUAUCUGGGCAAUAUCACUGAGGCUGUGUUCUUCAACUCCUGUUUGAUGGAAUCUGCGCGAAAGAACAAGGGAUCUGAUGACGAAGCUGCUGAUGAGUGUGGAAGACUCUUGGGCGUAGACCCUGGUCAAAUCAAGUAUUGUGCGAAAAAUGAUAGGGGAAUGCACUUACUCAAAUACUAUGGGGAUGAAAGCAAGAAGGUUGGCUUCAAGUACGUUCCCUACAUCCUCAUCAAUGGAGUAGAAAACGACGGGAGUAAAUUCAUGAAAGACGUGUGCGCAGCUUUCAAGAACCCACCCCCAGCGUGACCUACAGAUAGGAUAAACACUCAAGACAGUCAAAAUGGUACAGCAGAAAAUACUACAGACGUGACCCCAAUCAAAGAAAAAGUGCAAAUCAAAGUGUAUUAUGAGAGUUUAUGUCCAUUCAGUGCCCAGUUCUUCGUGUCACAGCUAAAGCCUACAAUGGAGAGGCUAGGCCCAUAUUUAGACAUACAUUUAAUACCCUACGGACACGCCAAGACUCGUCGUGUGAGCAGAGGCUAUAAGUUUACCUGUCAGCACGGGAUCCCAGAAUGUUUCGGCAACACGGUCCAGGCUUGCGCCAUCGAUGUUCUUCGGAAUAUAACUCGAGCUGUCUCCUUCAACACCUGCCUCCUACAGAACACCUCAUACCGUAGCGGAUAUCAAUACUUCAUUUCUGUUUUCCAUUGGUGCGGGUCUCAGGACAAUGUGGAUGUUCAAACAAUAUGGAGGUGUGUACACAGCGACCACGGCUCUAUACUUGUGAAGAGAUACGGAGACGAGACACACGCCCUGGCUCCAUCCUUCGUCCCAUUCUUGACGAUUGAUGAUUCCAUUAUUUACCAGGACGAAGCCCUAACCAACUUACUUGGAACUGUCUGCCAACUACUCAAGCCAAAGCCAAGAGAAUGCACGCUUUAAUUAGA